AUGACAUUGAUGGAGAACAGGACAAAGGUGAUGCAGUUCAUCCUGCUGGGACUGACCAAUGACCCACAUCUGCAGGUCCCCCUCUUUAUCACCUUCCUCCUCAUCUAUGUCAUCACUCUGGCUGGGAACCUGGGGAUGAUCCUGUUGAUUCUCUUGGACUCUCAUCUCCAUACUCCCAUGUACUUCUUUCUUGGUAACCUGUCUCUGGUGGAUUUUGGGUACUCUUCAACAAUCACUCCUGUGGUCAUGGCUGGGUUCCUUAGGGUAAACAAGGUCAUGUCCUACAAUACUUGUGCCUCUCAGAUCUUCUUUUUUGGAGCCUUUGGUACUGUAGAAAAUUGUCUCUUGGCCUCAAUGGCCUAUGAUCGCUAUGCAGCAGUGUGUAAACCUCUGCAUUAUGCCACCACCAUGACAACAAGUGUGUGUGCUCGUUUUGUCAUAGGUUCCUACGUCUAUGGUUUCCUGAAUGGCUCCAUCUAUACUGGGGACACAUUCAGUCUCUCCUUCUGUAAGUCCAAUGUGGUCCAUCAUUUUUUCUGUGAUGUUCCAGCAGUCAUGGUUCUCUCUUGCUCUGACAGACAUAUUAAUGAUCUUGUUUGUAUGUAUGUGGCCAGCUUCAAUAUAUUUUUUGCUCUCCUAGUAAUCUUAACAUCCUACAUGAGAAUUUUUAUUACCAUUCUAAAGAUGCAUUCAGCUGCAGGAUAUCGUAAGGCUAUAUCUACCUGUGCCUCCCACCUCACUACAGUCUCCAUUUUCUAUGGGACUCUUAUCUUCAUGUACUUACAACCUAGUUCCAGUCAUUCCAUGGACACUGACAAAAUUGUAUCUGUGUUUUAUACUAUGAUCAUCCCAAUGUUGAACACUGUAGUCUACAGCUUCAGGAACAAGGAAGUUAAAAGUGCAUUUGCAAAGAUUGUUUUGUAG